CAACGUUUAGGUAUUUUUUUGGAGGAGUCACCUGGUCAUCGCAGACGCUCAUCUGGGACUGAAUCCCAUCUAUAAGGAGUUCGUUGGUGGCGUUGAGCUGCGUGAUCAUGGCGGACUUCCCAUCCAAGGUUACCACGGAAACCAGCUCCCCCAACUCCCGGAGCUCUCAGCCGGGGGGCAGCAGCCUCCGGGCGCUGGCCGCCGGCCUCGCCACCCCGCUGCAUUCGUCCUUCAUCCGAAGCAUCCGGGCCGUCCUCAUGAUGGCUGAAAGAUUCCUGGGGCUCAUCCAGUGUUCGCUGAUAGCCAGCACGCCCUACACGCUGUUGGCAGCGUUCGGCUGGGUGAUGUUUGUGGCCGUCACCCUGUGGAUCCUCACCACCAUCCUCUUCCUCUUGAUCCUGUUUGGCGCCCAGCAAAAGCUGACCUUCGUCCCCUGGGCCCAUGACGGGAUGUGGAACGCGCAGGCCACGGUCCUCUAUCUGAGCGCCCUUCCUGGCCAACGCGGCGUCCGUGCAGCCUGGCGCUUCACCUAUUUCUACAAUCAUAUGCCAGCUGCCGCGUUCUUUGGUGCUGUGGUGACCAUCGCCUACGGUGCAAGUGCUUUCUUCUCCUAUCUGGACUGGAAGGGAGACGGAGGGAACGCUGCCAACACCACAGUGCCGACCUAGGACUCGCACUUGGGCCGCUGAUC